AUUCGCAAAGCGGUACCACAGUUCUAGAGGAUCACCAGUGAAGAUGCCAGUUGUACCAGUUGUGCCAGAUAGCUACAGUCAUGUACUGGCAGAAUUUGACUGCCUGGAUCCACUUUUGUCUGCUCUCCGGUUAGACUCUGGUAGACUAAAGUGUACCUGUUUGGCAGUGUCAAGGAAGUGGCUAGCUUUAGGAACAUCAGCAGGAGGAUUGCACCUGAUUCAGAGGGAGGGCUGGAAACAAAGGCUCAUCCUCACUCACAAGGAGGGAUGCAUCACUCAGGUGGCAUGUUGCCCUCAUGAUGAAGACUUUAUCGCCGUUGCAACAAGUCAGGGUCUGGUUGUUGUAUGGGAGCUGCAGCUUGAGCGACGAGGUCCUCCAGAGCGGGUCAGUGUGUCCUGGGAGCACAGGGGUCAGCCUGUUACUGCACUCUGCUGGGACACCAGCACACUCAGAGUUUUUGUCGGGGAUGCAGGCGGCAAGGUGUCCUUUCUCCGUGCAGGAUCCUCCAAGUUGGGCAAGGGAUCAGCAUUCGUCAUGUUCCCUGUGCAGACCGUCACCACAGUUGACUCCAGGGUUGUUCAACUCGGUUACCAAGACGGCCGCCUGAACAUAUCUUCCCUGAGCCGCUGCUACCUCUGUGACACAGAGAGGGAGAAGUUCUGGCGAGUGGGAUACAAGGAGCGGGAUGGGGAGUAUGGAGCUUGUUUUUUCCCUCAAAACAGGGGGUUAUUAGUCGGACAGCCCCCCCUGCUGUACUGUGCCCGCCCUGGAUCACGAAUAUGGGAGGCAACUUUUAAUGGCGAGGUUCUUAGCACACAUCAGUUCAAACAGCUGCUGGCCUGUCCUCCUCUACCUCUCAUCACUCACAGAAAUGAGCCUCAUUACAACCCAGCGCCGAAGACCCCCCAGUCCAUCGCCUUCCCUAAACUUCUAUAUUUGGGAGACCAAAACUUGCUGACCUGGACUGAUUCAGCUAUUUAUAUCUUCACACCUCAGAAUGGACAAGUGCUCCUUUGGACUGAAAUCAAAGACUUGGUUGAUAUCGCAGUCUACCGAAAUGAGCUCUUCUGUCUCCACGGCAGUGGACGCCUGUCCCACCUCUCCCUGUUAUCCGCUGAACGAUGUGUUGAACGGCUGCUCCGGAGGGAGUCCUGGUCUCUGGCUGCUGUAGUUUGCUGUAUGUUCCAGCACGUCAUCACCACCAGCAGGGCCAGGAAAUCAAUUCCUAUCGACCGCCUUGAACAUCUCCGGUCGCAGCUCAGUUCCAGCACACACCUUGAGCUGAUAGGCCAGAUGGAGGAAGUCAUCACUAAACUAGAGCCGCUAGACUCCGCCUCCAGCAGCCGUAGAAGUAGCAUCUCCUCACAUGAGAGCUUCAACGUCCUGGACUGUGGAAUCUACCGUGUGAUCAGUCGCAGGGGAAGCCAGUCCGAUGAGGAGACGAGCUCCAUCAUCAAUCCCUCCACGUCUGAGGAGGAGCGGCUCAAAGAGUUCAGCUUUGUGCACGAUGAAGAUCAAGUGGAUCAUGAUCCACAGAGCAGUGAGCGUUUGGAGGCUGAGCGAUCUGAGCAAGGCCUGCAGUUCCACCUCCCCCUCUCAUUCCGCCCCAAACCCCCUCGUAUGGCACUGCAGGCUGUCAAAGACAGUGUUUCUAGUUUUGUUAAGAAGACAACAGAGAAGAUCAACACCCUCCAGAUGAACUCGGAGCUCUGGCAACGACCUGAAUUUAGAGAGGGCGGACAGGCUGAAAUGUCAGCUACCACAGCGCCCUACUCAGAGGAGAUCGAGAAUGAAGUUUAUGAUGACAUGCCGAACGCAGAAGCUGACAUGCAGGAACUCCGAUCUGCAACAGAGAGAGCUAUAUCUCAAAUCCAGGAUCCCUGGGUGCUCCUGGAUCCAGUCUGCCUGGGGGAAGCUCUGCUGGAGUGGCUGCCUGUGCUGGAGAGAAUACUGGGACCCGUAGAGCUGGGGCUACUUGCUGUGGGUGACUCAAACGUUGAUGGAGCAGGAGAGGAGAGGUGGGUUAGAGAUUAUCUGAACACGAGCUCAGAGCAACAAGAAGAGUCCUCCGGCAUGCCAGCAGAUCCAACAGAGAGCGUUACAGAGGAGAAGACAGAAGAACCGCCGCAGAUCGGAGAAAAAGAGGACCUGUGUGAAUCUGCUGAGAAGGGGGUCGAGGUUAUAAACGGGACCACUUUUCCAGAGCCGGUGCGAGUAGUGACUCCUGAGCCCAUACCUUCAGAUCUCCUGGCGAACCUUACCCAGCUGGCAACGCUCUACACAGAGCUGAGCUGUUUUAGGAAGCAGGAGAAUGAACAAGGUUUAGGAUGCACAACUUUCCUGCGGCGCUACUUCUUCUUGCUGGACCAAGAGCGAGUGAGGAGAAUGUGUCUGCUGUGUUAUCAGGAGAAGCCGGAGGUGCAGAGCUCCUUCACUGAGGCCAUGCUAGAUCUCACUCAGUCCAGUAAGGUGGUGGAGGUUAUUCAGAGAGGGGAUUUGCUGAGAUCACUACGAAGUCUGAGAGAGCUGCAGCCCUGGAGUGCACCUCCUCUCCUCGCUCACUUACACAGGCUGUACGAGAAACACGGGGAGGCAGCUGUGCGCUCCUUUUCCCAGUUUUAUCCUGCAAUAACUCCUGCUGAUGUAAUGACCAUGGCUCAGCAGAGCCACUUCCUGGCAUAUCUGGACAAUCUGGUCCAAUCUCGGACUGAGGAGCACAGGUUGUCAUUUUUACAGUCCCUCCUUGAACCAGAAUCACUGAGACAGGAUUGGUUGGAGCUGGCACUAACUCAUGACGCCCCUCAACACUCUGACACCCUGACUCCGGAUGGACAGCCCAGGUGGCAUUCCCAUUGUUUCAGUUGGGGUUAUGGACGCCUUCUGUCUCUUCUCAUUGGUCUCCCUGCUGACUUUUCCUCCAAGCAGAAGAUGGCAGAGACUUGCCGCAGUCAUGGCUACUGGAUGGGCUACCUGUACCUCUGCCGUGAGCUGCAGCAUCGCGCAGACGCCUUCUCAACCAUCUGUCAACUAGGUGACAUCAGUCUGCUCGAGGGACCUGACGGUGUUGAGCCCCAGACUCUAGAAGAGUGGAAGCUCUUGAUCCAGUUAUGUCAGCGGAGCAGCAGUGAGGUGGACUCUGAGCAGGUCACAGGGGUGAACGGCAGCGGCUUGGCAAACGGCUCAGCGGACUGCGGUGGAAAGAUCAGCCCAGAGAGCCUGACCCUGAUGCUGGCUCGGACAGCCGGGCCCGACCGCACCAUGGCCGUCCUGGAAGAGUGUGGAGUGCAGCUGGCCCUCUCGCCACACUCCAAACUGGUGUGUGAGCUGCUGAGAGUCGCUGAGAAGAGGCAGAGAGCAAUGAUCCAGACGAUGCUGGAGCGCUGCGAUCGUUUCCUUUGGUCUCAGCACGCCUGAUAAAGAUCUCUGCUGUGUGUCCCGCUUCUCCCACACCAAACAAGAUAACUAACACUGUAUGUAGCGUCUCCUGCUGCUGAUGAUGCUGUGACUUAAUUUAUGCACUAUAAUCUUUGUCAAAGCUUCCAAAGGAAGAAUCUAACCUUGUGAAAACAGUAUUAUCUUUGUAACUAUACCUUCACUUUGCUUUACAAAUAAUAUUCUAGUGUUAUUUUCAUGAUCUAAUUUUACUUGCAAAUUGUAUUAAAAUUCACAUUUAUUUGCAGGUUAUCAUUACAAAACAGUUUUUAAUGAUUCAGGUCAAAAGCCUUUUUUUAAUGCAUGACUAUAGUUACUUGAAAUGUCAUAACAAGUGAAUGUGUUGUGAAUAAAAGGCAGUAAUCAUGAAAGUAAUAGCUGGUUAAUGAAUAACUGUCCCCCGUGUAUUCAUGUUAACACUGGUCCUUAUAAAGAACACAGGACAUGUAUGAGGGGUCUCUUAUCUAACCUGUUUUUCUUUAUA